GGCGCAUGCGCAGAGCGGGGCGCGGCCGGCAGCGUGCCGGGCGCCGGUGGCGGCGGGGCCAUGAACGCGGCGCAGGGCACGGUGGGCAGCGACCCCGUCAUCCUGGCCACCGCCGGCUACGACCACACCGUGCGCUUCUGGCAGGCGCACAGCGGCAUCUGCACGCGCACCGUGCAGCACCAGGACUCCCAGGUGAACGCGCUGGAGAUCACGCCGGACCGCAGCAUGAUCGCGGCCGCAGGCUACCAGCACAUCCGCAUGUACGACCUCAACUCCAACAACCCCAACCCCGUCAUCAACUACGACGGCGUGAGCAAGAACAUCACCUCGGUGGGCUUCCACGAGGACGGCCGCUGGAUGUACACGGGCGGGGAGGACUGCAUGGCGCGCAUCUGGGACCUCAGGUCCCGCAACCUCCAGUGCCAGCGGAUCUUCCAGGUGAACGCUCCCAUUAACUGUGUCUGCCUGCACCCCAACCAGGCCGAGCUGAUUGUGGGCGAUCAGAGCGGUGCCAUUCACAUCUGGGACCUGAAAACAGACCACAACGAGCAGCUGAUUCCAGAGCCUGAAGUUUCUGUGAAUUCAGUGCACAUCGACCCCGAUGCCAGCUACAUGGCGGCUGUCAACAGCUCGGGAAACUGCUACGUGUGGAACCUGACGGGCGGCAUCGGAGAGGAGGUGACCCAGCUGAUCCCCAAGACCAAGAUCCCGGCGCACAACCGCUACGCCCUGCAGUGCAAGUUCAGCCCCGACUCCACGCUCUUGGCUACAUGUUCUGCAGACCAGACGUGUAAGAUCUGGAGGACUUCAAACUUCUCUCUGAUGACAGAGCUGAGCAUUAAGAGCAAUAACCCAGGGGAAACCUCUCGUGGCUGGAUGUGGGACUGUGCCUUCUCCGGGGACUCCCAGUACAUUGUCACAGCCUCCUCUGAUAACUUGGCCAGACUUUGGUGCGUGGAGACAGGAGAGAUCAAGAGGGAAUACAGCGGCCACCAGAAAGCAGUCGUCUGCCUUGCUUUCAAUGACAGCGUGUUGGGAUAACGGUGACGUGGGGGGAAGGAAGGACCUCUGCUUGUUUUCCCUUGUCUUAAAACGGCCAGCACCCUCUCUGGAGCAUGAGACGUGCUCACCGCCGUCCCCUCGGAUGGAGAGGGCUUGCUCUGGGCUUGCUGCAGCAGCAGCAUCUGCCUGGAGUGAGACCAGGCUUCAGCUUGGAGCAGAUGAUGACUGAAACGUGUUUGGUCUCCCAGGGAGACCACUUGGACAAAAGGGAACGGGAGGCACGGUGCCACAGAGGGGAGCUGGGCGCAGAGCAGCUGGAGGCAGCCCUGUGGAGGCUGCUGCCAACAGCCCCGUGAUGGUUUUUGUACCCCAAAGUGGAAAAAAUCAGCCUAACUGAACAAAGGCUGAACAAAGAGGAAAAGUAGCCGUUUUCUUGUUUUGCAAUCCCUUUAUUCAAAGUAUAUUUCACAGUCUGACUUGGAGAACUGCACUGUUAUGAAACCAACCACCCCCGACAAGUUUAAUAACCUCGUGUUGAACAGGGCCCGUGGCCAGAAAACACUAGCUACUCCCCGCGGUUCCUGUCUAGAUCUCCUAGUACCUACGUACAAGAUGCAGCCCUGAAGCACAGCUGCAAUAAAGCGUCUGUACCGAC